GGCGAUGUCAGAGGGGAUUCAGGGGGUGUCAUGAAUGUCCAUGAAGGGCGUUUCAAAGUGUCCUGAAACAUUCUCGGCGUUCGAUUAAUACGCCUGCUGUUCUCAUUGCGCCUGCGCUCUUAUUGUAAAUGCUUGGUGAUGGGCUUACUGCAGAGUGAUGUAAAGACGAGCACUAGUGCUGUUAUCUCAUAAUAAAAAUGAUGUCUGUUCUUCAGUGUACUUCAGUGUAGGUUUAGGGCAGUUUUAUCCAGUAUCAAACAUGGCCGCUGUGAGCUUUGUUGCCAGUCCAGGUGGUAGAUAGCCGAUGCAAGGUUUUGACGGAUCAGGAAGAUCAUCAUAGACAGCAUGGCUGGCAGCAGGCUGGAGAAGCUGGGGACUGUGUUUACCAGAACACGGGAUCUGAUGCGAGCAGGAGUCAUAAAGCAGAAUGAGAAGCCCAUCUGGUAUGAUGUAUAUGCUGCCUUCCCACCAAAAAGAGAACCUACCUACGAGAAGCCACUAAACCGUAGGAACAAGCUACCGGACAAUGUCCCCUCAAUUCUGUAUAGUGAAGAUGUCAUACGCGCCAAAUUUUAUGAGACGUAUGGUAGUGGUGGAAUAUUCCAUCUGUACAGAAAAAACUUUAAAUCUAUUUGUCAAAGAUUUGUGGAAACCUAUACAGAACUACAGAAAGCAGGAGGAGUGAGUGAAGACAAGCUGUUCGAGGAGACAUCAAAAGCACUGCUUGCAGAAGGCAUUAUUUUAAGGAGGACAGGAGCCAUAGGGGUUUCAAAGCAGCAAUCUUCUGUGCCCGAAGGCCAAGAAGAGUCAACAGUUAAACCUGCCACUGAAUAAAUCUCUUCAUAAGAGUAAUGGACAAUCUCCUACCAUGUGACUACAUGUACAAUAUGGAUGUUCAGUACAGCCUAUGGACAUUGUGGAAAUAUUGCUUAUUAAACAGAAUAUUUCAGG